UGCCAGAUGAUCUCGCCCAUCGCGACCCGCGCCGAGGGAGAGCAAGAUGGCGGCGGCGCUUUCCUUGCCGUCGCUGCCGUGAGGAGUGGAUCCGCGCGGGGCUCCUCCCGGCCGGCCGGCCGGCGAUGUCGGACUCUGAGGAAGACUGCCCCGACCGGCAGCUCAAGUUCGUGGUGUUGGGCGACGGAACCUCCGGCAAGACCUCUUUAGCCACACGCUUUGCUCAAGAAGCUUUUGGGAAGCAGUACAAACAAACCAUAGGACUUGACUUCUUUUUGAAAAGAAUCACACUGCCAGGAAAUGUGAGUGUUUCUCUUCAAGUAUGGGAUAUCGGUGGCCAAACAAUAGGAGGCAAGAUGUUGGAUAAAUAUGUCUACGGUGCACAGGCUGUCCUCCUGGUGUAUGAUAUCACCAACCAGCAGAGCUUUGAAAACUUGGAAGAUUGGUACAACGUUAUAAAGAAGGUCAAUGAAGAGUCAGAGACUCAGCCGCAUGUGGCACUGGUAGGCAAUAAAAUUGAUUUGGAGCAUCUGCGGACAGUAAAGGCUGAUCGGCACCAUCGCUUCUGUCAGGAAAACCACUGUAGCAGCCAUUUUGUGUCAGCCAAGACAGGUGAUUCUGUCUUCCUGUGUUUUCAAAGAAUUGCUGCUGACAUCCUCGAUGUCAAAUUAAACAGAGCGGAAAUAGAGCAAUCACAGGACUGCCAAUGGUCGUGUUUUAUCUCUGCAUCCUGAUUUCUUUCUUUGCAACCCACCUCCACCCCCCACCCCCACCUGCCACCCCGAACACCUUCAGACUGGGACAUAAAGACUUGGGGAUCUCCAUUCCUUCUGGUGCCUGAGAAAGGGAGUUUGGCGUCUGGAAAACUCAUACCUUCAAAAUGUUGUUGAUCUCCAAGGUGUACUGGACUCACAUCUAGCUGAAGUUUUGAGGAGCAUCUUUGUGCAGAUUUUCAAUGGACAUAAAUGUCCAAUGCACCAUAAUGCUCUGUUCAUUGAACCAGAAAUUCUUGAAAUGCUUCCGAAUUGUUUGCUAAUCUCCUACAAUGUGUGUACAGUGUGUGAAACGUGAGUUCACUAACCUCACUGGUGUAUACAAGAUAGAAUUUAAACCAGGAUUUUCCUUAGUAAUUUUUUAAACUGCUGAAGGUAGUGAAUUGCCUUGAAAUUGAGUCCGCUGGGUUCAGAUAACAUUGUUUACUGUUGCUCUUCUGCAAAGAUCUUCAACGGAUUGAGCUUCUGAUGAUACCAUGAAGCUGGGAAGACUCUGGCCUCCCUGAUAAGAGAAUUUUAUGUUGAUCAGCAAGAACUCCAGUGGAGAACAUGGGCAGCUCAUAAAUUUAGAUUCCCCCACAGCCAUCUAUGUCCAUUACCAAUUUCUGUCUAAUACAUACAGAGGUUAUCUUCAACCAAAAAUGUUUAUACAGCAAGAGAACCUGUAAAAGGUUCUUUUUCUUUAAAAGAAAAUAAAGGCACAAUCCAGACAAGCCUCACUGGUUUCACCGGGACUUGAUUAAAAUCAGUGGGAUUUUAGCACUUAGGCUGGAUCAAGCCUGUUGUGUAUUUUCAUUUUGCCCUUUAAUAUAUCUUAUUUUAGAAGAAAGAAAAAAAUUCAUGAACAUUUUAAAAAUAUUGACUAUAUAUCCAAAGCACCUUAAGAACGUGUACAUGUUUCAUUAGUUGAGAACACUUUUUGGCAAGGAUGGUAUGAUAUAACUGAUACAGUUGACGAUAGAAAUAAACAUCUGUGAUAAA